AUGGUCAGAGUCGCACUAGCAGGCUGCGCAGGUGGAUUCGGGACUCAGAUCCUCGAAGCCAUCCUCGCCUCAGGCAAACACUCCGUCGUCCUUCUCUCCCGAACCGCCAAGCACUCCCUGACCGACAGAGGCGUCGACGUGCGCAUAGUCGACUACGCAGACCACGCAAGUCUUGUCUUUGCCCUUCAAGGCGUACACACCAUCAUCUCUACCAUCUCUGUAGACGGUCCUGAGUCUCAGCUCGCGCUGUUGGAAGCCGCGAAGGAGGCUGGAGCGAAGAGGUUCGCGCCCUCGGAGUUUGCUGGACAGAGUAACGAAGGCGUAGACUUAUAUGCGGCAAAGAUCAAGGUGUGGGAGGCCUGUCAGGCCUCGGGGCUUGAGUGCACGCGCUUUGUCUGCGGCGUUUUCCUGAAUACCAUGGUUUUUGGCACCCCGAAAAACCAAGAGGAAGCCCUCGGAGGCCUUCGUCCCUUCAACUACAUCGUCGACAUACCCGCCGGCAUCGCCGACAUCCCAGGCGACGGCAAAAUGCCGGUCUCAUUUACAUCGACGCAAGACGUAGGGAGGUUCGUGGCUGCGAGUCUGGAUCUCGAGCACUGGGGACCCGUUAGUGGGAUGGCAGGCGAUAAGAAGACGUAUGAUGAGGUGGUGGAGAUCGCGGAGAGGGUUACGGGUGGAAAGAAGAAGAUAUUGAGGAGGUAUACGAGUAUUGAGGAGUUGAGGAAGAAGGCUGAAGAAGAUGGGGUUGAUAGGUGGUUGAAGUUUCUGUAUCAGGGGGGUGUGAUGGUAGCAGACGGAUCCGUAGAUUUUGCACCGAAUCUUAAUAAAUUGCUUCCGCAUGUCAGGCCUAUCGGAGUCGAGGAAUUUUUGAGGAAGUAUUGGGAGGGUGUCGAGUUGCCUGAGCCUGCGUGGACGAAGUAG